CUCUGUUUUCAUCCAUCGUUCAUUCAUUCAUUCAUUCAUUCAUUCAUUCACGAUGACGAUUGCGGUUGGGUUUGAAGGCAGCGCCAACAAGCUCGGCAUUGGCAUUGUGCGCGAUGACGGGAUUGUGCUUGCGAACGUGCGCCACACAUUUGUGCCACCGCCCGGCGAAGGGUUUCUGCCGCGCGACACGGCCAAGCAUCACCAGCAGUAUGUGCUCUCAUUGUUGCAACAAGCGUUGACGUCGGCGUCGCUGAAGCCCGCGGACAUUGACGUGAUUUGCUACACCAAAGGUCCUGGGCUGGGCGCACCGCUCGUGUCGGCUGCCGUUGUUGCUCGCACCGUCGCUCAGCUGUGGGACAAGCCGAUGGUCGCUGUCAACCACUGCAUUGGCCAUAUCGAAAUGGGCCGGCUAAUCACUGGCGCUAAAGAUCCGGUCGUGCUCUAUGUUAGUGGCGGCAACACGCAAGUGAUUGCCUAUUCGAUGAACAAGUAUCGCAUCUUUGGUGAAACCAUCGAUAUUGCCGUGGGCAACGUCUUUGAUCGGCUUGCUCGCGUUCUCAACAUUUCAAACGACCCAAGUCCUGGUUACAAUAUUGAGCAACUUGCCAAAAGAGGUACUACCUUGUUGGAAUUGCCAUACACGGUCAAAGGAAUGGAUGUCGCCUUCACUGGAAUUAUCGGAAAGCUCGAAACGCUUGCUCGCACGAACAAGUACACGAAAGAAGACUUGUGCUUCUCGCUUCAGGAAACGUCAUUUGCAAUGCUCGUCGAAACGACAGAACGUGCCAUGGCUCACACUGGUGCCACUGAAGUGCUCAUUGUGGGCGGCGUUGGCUGCAACAAGCGAUUGCAAGAAAUGAUGGAAGUAAUGGUUGCAGAAAGGAAUGGCAAGCUCUAUGCGACUGACGAGCGAUUCUGCAUUGAUAAUGGUGUCAUGAUUGCAUGGGCUGGCUUGGAAAUGUUCCGAGUGGGCGUUGUCACACCUUUGCGCGAGACGUGGUGCACACAGCGGUACCGCACAGAUGAAGUCGAUGUCACCUGGCGCGACUAGUUUGCUUUUUGUUGCUCGAUGCAUCAGCGUUGUUUUGCUCUAAAUGCAUAAAAUUCACAACUCGA